GUUUCGGGUUGUUUCCCAUAUACGCCACGUCUCUACGGGAGUUCUAACAUAUAUAUAAUUCCACGCGCACCCCUGUUGUAUCUCCCUUUUCUUCACCCUGAUUCCCUCUGAUACCACUUCGUCCCCGUCCUUUCAUGGGUCUUCGAGUCCGCUCGUGAAGUUACUCUAAGUUAUCCCUUGUCACAACCUACAGCUUGCCUACAGUGACGAAGUGACGAAGAGCCGAAGACAAACGCCUUAGUCUUAGUACGCCUGCCCGGGUCCUUUCUGAUUUCACAGGGGGCGGUCAUGGCGAACACAGAAUCCUGUGUACUAGCUCCUUUUCUGGUGGAAUAUCUGGAAGAGAAGGAGGCUAUAAAAUCGUUGAGAGACAAGUACCAAGAACUCACGUUGGAGUUUGCGAGCGUGAAGGUGGAGUUUUGUGAUCUGGAUGGGAUGGGAUGGCAAAAGCCCCGUGGCCGUUCAGCGAAUGGAGAGCAGAAUCUGUCGCCUAGGUCCACCUCAUCCUUAGACGAAAAUCGUACCUCGUCGUUUCCACAUGCAAAAGCCGUUGACUCGGGUCGUAACAAGAGUCGUUCGCGAAAGAAGUUGAAGGGGUUGAAUGUAGUGACAUCGAGUUACAAGGUCGAAAAGUCCGAGACAGAAGACGGUGCCGACGACGACUUUAACUUCAUUCAAUACACCGGCGGAACCUCUCUCUUCCGCUCUGGUUCCUCAAGCUUCGUCAACACAUUCGAAACUAGCGACCCAGACACCCCCAUAGAAGAUCUUGGCAAUGACGACCUCCGAGUCAAAACACCUCGCCCCCUCCCUGCGGGCCGGGUUCCAGUAACCUCGUAUUUUGACAAAUAACCCUUUGGUGCCGGUGGUCACACCACCGAUCAGAAACCCACCAACCUGUUCCUCGGAUGGGUUCUCGCCUUCAUGGCUUUCUCCGGACCGGGAUGCAGCCUUCAAUGUUCAACGCUCCGACUGUUCGACCCUUUAAUUAUAACGCACAAUGUGGAGAUUACGACGAGGAGGGACUCAAACAGCUUAAUGUAGAACGAAUGCAACCAUUUUACGUAGAAUGAUUUAUAGACGAAUUACUAGUGAUCGUACA